AUGUUAAAAACCGAUAGUAUCAUCCGCCCAAGGCGAAUUCAAGCUUCAACCGUGAAUUACCUGGAUAAUAAUAAUUUUAAAAAUGGAGUGCAACCAGUUUAUAGGAUUCCAGAUGCCCCGGAUCUAAAAGUUAAUAUUGCAAACUUUGGAAAUAAAGGACAUAUUCCUGGUUCUAAUAGAUCGCGGAAAGAACAAACCAAGAGUAUUACUGGAAAAGUUUUGUUGGAACUGGAACACUAUUGUGACAAAACAACUUUACAUGGGCUGCGAUAUGUCGGAGAUACAUCGUUAACAGUCUGUGAAAGAGUAUUUUGGUUAUUGUCUUUUUCCGUCGCAAUCGCUUUUGCAGCUUACUAUAUCUCAAACAUCUACCAAAAAUGGAAUUCUUCUCCCGUUAUUAUUAGUUUUAGCCCUUUUGAUGCUCAACUGAAAAGCAUACCAUUUCCUUCGGUGACUAUUUGUAAUAUGAACCAAGCGAAGAAGACAGAAGUCAACAAGAUUAAAGCAGAUGGAAAUCCGUUGGAUAUGAAAUUAUUAGAUGACAUCUGUAACGGCAAUGAUUCCAACCAUAACAACUACACUGAGCAAUAUGACUGGACCAUGUUACGAAAUUUCUUGAUAAGAGUAGGAAAUUCUUGCUCAGAUAUGUUGAAGGCUUGCAAAUGGUCCAGCGAUAAGAAAAGCUGUGAGGAUUUAUUCAACAAUGAUUUGACCGACGAAGGAUUGUGUUGUUCAUUUAAUAGAUUACCCCCUACAAAAAUAUUUAGAAAUCCAAACGAUAUAUCGCUUUUGAACCAGACUUAUCCGGAAAACGUUUAUGACUGGAAUCCAGAGAUUGGUUUUUCGAAUUUAGAAGAUUAUGAUGACGAAAACAUGGUUCCUAAAAGACCCUUAGGUGCUGGAGCUCAUUUGGGCCUUUCUAUUCUUCUGGAUGCACAAGUAGACGAGUAUUAUUGUUCAUCAACGAGCAGUAUUGGAUUUAAGGUUAUAAUCAGCAACCCUAUAGAGACGCCAAAAAUGGCAGAUUUUGGAACUCUUUUAAGUCCAGGAGUAGAAGCUAGAUUUUCAAUAAAACCAUCAGUAAGAGAAGCAAGUGCGAAUUUAAGAAGCGUACCGAUUAAGAAGAGACAAUGCUAUUUUGCCAACGAACGGAGAUUAGUAUAUUACAGAUCUUACACUCAGACCAACUGCAACUUGGAAUGUCAGUCAAACUACACCUACGAGAAAUGUAAAUGCAUUCCCUACUAUUUACCUAGAAACAAAUCAAUUAAGGCUUGUGGAAGGAGGGAUCGAGAAUGUUCACAGGAUGCUAAAGAAAAUAUGGAGAAAAUUAAUGGAAAUGGCACCAGCUGCAGUUGCCUACCAGGUUGCUUCGAGUUGGUCUUCACAGACAUGAAAUCUUUUGGCCAAUUGUCCAAAGUACUGAACAUUACUACUUUUGGGGAUGAUGUGGUCAUUAAUACCACAUACUUGAUGAGAGAUAUGGCUGUGGUCCAUUUCUUCUUUUCAAAUUCUCAGUUUUCGAAGCUGGUGAAGGAUGAAUUGUAUGGGUUUACUGAGAUUUUGUCCAAUGUUGGAGGACUACUAGGACUUUGCAUGGGUUUCAGUUUUCUUAGUGUAGUUGAGAUUCUAUACUUUAUAACAAUUAAAAGGUUAUGUUGUUGGAUUCGCGGGAAAAGAAAAAAUAACCAAAAAAUUGAGAUGUUGUUUAACAGCGGUGUUUCAAAAUAUCCAUUUAUGAAAUAGUUAGGUAUAUUUUUGUAACGAAAUAAGUAGUUAUAUAAUAUUGUCAAAAAUGUGGAUAUAAAUUAAA